UCUAGACUCCGGAGUGGGUGCUCUGCCAUGCUGAUCCAUGUUACACAGGAUGGCCGAUUACUAAACAUUUGCUACCAGUCUCAUUUCCCGGGUAACUAUCAGCAAGGGCUAGCCCUUGGCUUCCUUUUGGUACCUGACUUUUUUUUUCUCUCAUCGCUCUUCAGACCGUCCGUCUCGCUCCUCUUCCCAAUAUGUCUGCAGCCACACUCCCCACCCUCCGAAACAACAAUCACUUUGACGUGGUCAUCCCUAUCUCUUCUACCGGCCCACAUCCGGGAACUGCCCUCUCCACACUCACACGCAUCGACGAUGAGGACGACGACGAUGAGCUGUCCGACGAAACCAUUGCGCGGCUGUUGCGCGAGGCAGAGCAGCGGAUGAGAAAUGAUACUGGCGGGGCCUCAUCAGCACUGCAAAAGACAAACACCGAUCACAGUCUUACAUCCAUCAGACUACCUAAACUAGACCCUGGUGCGUCACUACCGAAACUUCCCAUCAGUUCCUACGGCUCUGUUUCGCAUAUCACGGACCGGAUGAUGCUGGUGUCCAAGGACGACCAAAAGCUGGCAAACAGCACACGACCAGCCGCCACUGUGACUGCAAACAAAAAACCAUCCAAGGAGCCCCCGCCAACCGCCGGAACAGCGUGGUACGACAUGCCGCGGACGGUCCUCACGGACUCGUUCAAGCGUGACUUCACGCUGAUCAAGCACCGCAACGUGCUCGACCCACACCGGCACUACAAAAAGGACUCCUCGGGGAUCCCCGAGUACUCCCAGGUUGGCACCGUGAUCGAAGGCAACGCGGAGUUCUACAACGCGCGCAUCAACCGCCGCGACAGAAAGAAGACUAUCCUCGAAGAGGUCAUGGCCGACUCCGCAAGCCGCUUGCGCUUCAAGCGCAAGUUCGACGAUAUACAGAAAUCAAAGAAGAGCGGAAAGAAGGAGUUCUAUAGGAACCUUAAGGCUCAGCGGAAUAAGCUCGUUGCUAAGCAUGGGCCUGCUAAAUGAUUCAUAUGCUCGCUCGCUCGCUCAUUCCGUUCUGUCGCUGGCGUUUCGGGGUUGCUUUUUGGGGUCUGGGGGAAUUAAAAAAGUGCUUUUACAUACAUACGUUUCUUGCUUGCCUCUUGCUUGCGUGAGGUUGGGAGAAGUGGUUGGUUGGUAGUGGUUGAUGGUUAGGAUGAAGGAACGAAUCCUGGAGGGACAACACAUGCGGUCCACACACGCACACACACCUGCUUACCUACCUAUAGUAAUAGAUUCACCUUGAUGAAAUAAUACCUACAC